AUGAAGAGAACAAACUAUACAUUGGUAAGUGAGUUUGUUUUCCAGGGUUUCUCCAGCUUCCAUGAACACAAGCUUACUCUCUUUGUGGUGUUCUUUGCUUUGUACCUUCUCACACUGGCUGGUAAUGUCAUCAUUGUGACGAUCAUCAGCAUUGAUCGUCACCUUCACACCCCCAUGUACUUCUUUCUUAGCAUGCUGUCCAUUUCAGAGACCAUGUACACACUCGUCAUUGUACCACGAAUGCUCUCCAGCCUCAUAGGUCUAGGUCAACCCAUUUCCUUGGCUGGCUGUGCCACCCAGAUGUUCUUUUUUAUCACCUUGGCCAUCAAUAACUGCUUUCUGCUCACAGCAAUGGGUUACGACCGAUACGUAGCCAUUUGCAACCCCUUGAGGUACACAAUUAUCAUGAACAAGAGGGUGUGUGCCCAGCUGGUGUGGGGGGGCUUCAGCAUUGGACUGCUUGUGGCCAUAAUUCAGAUCUCUUCUGUGUUCAGACUGCCCUUUUGUGACAAAGAAGUAGCCCAUUAUUUCUGUGACAUCCGCCCUGUGAUGAAACUUGCCUGCUAUGACACCAGUUUACAUGACAUCAUUAACUUCAUUGUCAGUUCACUAGUUAUUGUGGUGCCCAUGGGUUUAGUCUUCAUUUCAUACAUCCUCAUCAUCUCUACUAUCCUCAAGAUUGCCUCUGCUGAAGGCAGAAAGAAGGCCUUUGCCACCUGUGCUUCUCAUAUCACCGUGGUCAUCAUCCACUAUGGCUGCGCCUCCAUCGCCUACCUCAAGCCCAAGUCAGAGAACACCAGGGAUCAGGACCAACUGAUAUCAGUGACUUACACAGUUUUUACUCCACUCCUUAAUCCUGUUGUGUACACAUUGAGGAACAAGGAGGUCAAGGAUGCCCUUCACCGUGCUAUUGGCAAAAAACCUCUCACUUAA